GAGAGAGAGAGAGGAGUAAAAGUGCACAGUUCAGUUAUCAGAGAGUCGCUAUACUGGUAAAGUCAAACAUCGGAGAACAAACACACACAGCAUGACACACACCACUUUAACAACAACUGCCUGACGAAACAGAGAGCAAACACACACACGCAUACACACACACACACACAUGCACACAAGUGAGUGGAGAACUACAUACUGGAGCUGAGGAGGCGCUUGCGGAACAAAACUGCGCUGUUGCCGUGGUUACCGCGGUAGAAGAGAUAAACAUUGCUUUAUACUCCUGAGAUCAGACAGCCAGAAUGAGCUCUUCACAGGAUAUAAUGAGCCUCCUCCAGAACGUCUGGACCAAACUGCAGGCUCUUCCCCAAGACCACCCGCUCACCCAGGCGGCGUUUUCCAUCAUCGUGCUGUUCUUCUUGACGUUCCUCACUAUGAUUGUGGCCGGAUGUGUUUACGGCUGCUGUGGAUGCUGUUCUCCGGGAACCAAAAACAGAGUCUCCACUGAGACAUGGGAACCCUGAUGAGACACACCACAACGGGCCCAAAUAAAACCUGAGCCAGUGAAAGUGUCUGACGCUGUCAAUACACAACAUUCACAGCCAUGUAGAACAUCAGAAGAGCUUCAAACGCAGAAGCAGGCCCAAUCCUUCAUUGUUAACGCCACAAAUAAACACCAGAUUCCAGCCCUUUACGGGAAUGAAGCCACUAUGAAUCCAGGGCCAAAGACUGACCUCUGGUGUUUGCAAACACAACUGCAGUAUUACGAGAAGAGAUGAAGAAACUAAAGGCGGGAGGUUUUAUGUGGAGCUUUUAAGAGUGUUUUAUAUUUUUAUAUACAGCAAGGAAGCAUCAAAACAACAUCUAUAAUGUUACAGAAGAUUAAUAUCUGAAAUUAUGCCUUCUUUCAAAAAUAAAUUAUGUUUAAACUUCCAAGAAUCCUAAAAGA